ACAACAACGACGACGACGACGACGACGACGAUACAACAGCAGCGUUUGUUUAAUUAUUAGCAACAAAAUAGCCGCAAUUAUAGCCAACAUUAAAAAGAAAACGCAAAUAAAGGACAUAUCCUGGACAUAGUGAGGGAAACCCGUUGUCCGGCAGACUGCUAACUAAUCAAGGUGAGCAGCAGGAGGUGAGAAGGAGGAAAUCAAAAGAAUCAGCGCCGUGUAGAGCGCGCGCGCGUCAAGAAAUCAAAUCAAAUUUGUUUGGCAAACACAAAAUAGCAACAUUUUAAUCGAAACAAUGGACUUUAUGAUGGCUAACACGGGCGCCACCGGCGUGGAUACACAGGCGCAGCUAAUGCAGAGCGCUGCCGCGGCGGCUGCUGUUGCCGCAACAAAUGCGGCUGCGCCCGUGCAGAAUGCAGCGGCCGUGGCCGCCGCCGCCCAGCUGCAGCAGCAGCAGCAGCAGGUGCAGCAGGCGAUACUGCAAGUGCAGCAGCAGCAGACACAGCAAGCGGUCGCCGCAGCGGCCGCGGCCGUCACGCAGCAACUGCAGCAGCAGCAGCAGGCCGUUGUCCAGCAGGCCGUUGUGCAGCAGCAGCAACAGCAGCAGCAGCAGGUUGUGCAGCAGCAGCAAGUGCAACAGCAGGUGCAACAGCAGGUGCAACAGGCCAACACGAACGGCAACUCGGGCGGCGCACAGAACGGCAGCAAUGGCAGCACAGAGACGCGCACAAAUCUGAUUGUCAACUAUUUGCCACAGACCAUGACGGAGGACGAGAUACGCUCGCUCUUUAGCAGCGUUGGCGAAAUCGAGUCGGUCAAGCUGAUACGCGACAAAUCGCAGGUGUACAUAGAUCCGCUGAAUCCGCAGGCGCCCAGCAAGGGCCAGAGUCUGGGCUAUGGGUUUGUCAACUAUGUGCGUCCGCAGGAUGCGGAGCAGGCGGUCAAUGUCCUGAAUGGACUGCGGCUGCAGAAUAAAACGAUUAAGGUGUCGUUCGCGCGACCCUCGUCGGAUGCCAUCAAGGGCGCCAAUCUGUAUGUAUCGGGCCUGCCCAAGACGAUGACCCAGCAGGAGCUGGAGGCCAUAUUUGCGCCAUUCGGCGCCAUCAUAACGUCGCGCAUCCUCCAAAAUGCCGGCAACGAUACGCAGACCAAGGGCGUCGGCUUUAUACGGUUCGAUAAGCGGGAGGAGGCAACCCGUGCGAUUAUUGCCUUGAAUGGCACCACGCCCAGCAGCUGCACCGAUCCGAUUGUGGUGAAGUUCUCAAAUACGCCCGGCAGCACCAGCAAGAUCAUCCAGCCGCAACUGCCCGCAUUCCUCAAUCCGCAGCUGGUGCGGCGAAUUGGCGGCGCGAUGCACACGCCCGUCAACAAGGGCCUGGCACGCUUCUCACCGAUGGCCGGCGAUAUGCUGGACGUGAUGCUGCCGAAUGGUCUCGGCGCCGCAGCGGCGGCGGCGACAACGCUUGCGAGCGGACCCGGCGGCGCAUAUCCCAUAUUCAUAUACAAUCUGGCGCCCGAAACGGAGGAGGCGGCGCUCUGGCAGCUGUUCGGCCCCUUCGGCGCUGUACAAUCCGUCAAGAUCGUCAAGGAUCCCACAACGAAUCAGUGCAAAGGCUACGGCUUCGUCUCCAUGACCAACUACGACGAGGCCGCCAUGGCCAUACGGGCCCUCAAUGGCUACACCAUGGGCAAUCGCGUGCUGCAGGUCAGCUUCAAGACCAACAAGGCCAAGUAAGCUGUGUUUGUGUCUCUAAGUCGGGGCCAAAACGGAACGCUAACAACAACAACAACAACAACAAACACCAAGGAGCAGCCAGCUGGAGUGCAACUACACACACACACACACACACACACACA